UCAACAAAAUUAGAUUGCGAUAAGGUUUUAGAAAAAAGUUUAGUAUCAUCAUAUUGUUUUAAAAAUAUCAAUAUCAAAAAUGGCAUGUAAAAGAUCUUCUGAUGAACCUUCGGAAUGCAACAGCUUUCUUCAAAGCUCUAAACGGAUGGGCCAAGUUGCAACGAACUUUUUGUCCGUCUCUGCCUCAAUGGAUCAAGUAGAUGACUUGCCAGUUACACAGAUAGUGUUUCCAUCAGAAAUGCGUUCCAUGCGUUCAAUUUUAGACACUAAUCAUGGUAAUAAAGAAAAUAUUAAUAUAGAUUAUUUACCAGUUAAUUCAGUUGAAGAGUUUGACUCACUAGAAAAAAAAAAAAUUAACUCUAAUGAUAAAGAUAUCAUUUGCAGAAUGUUAGAGCAAAUUGGUGGGAGAAAUGUAAGUGACUUUUUAAAAAAUGCUUUAAAAACUUGUUUAACAGACAAGUUGUGCUGCAGCAUUAAUCGAACUGGUGCAGAUAAAAAGAGUAAGUUUAUAGGACCAGUCAAAAGUUUGGUUUUUCAUGCAGCUUACUGUUUAUUUCCAACUGCCACUGAAUCCAGUAUGACUACAAUAAUUGCGAAACACUUGAAAAAGUCUAAAGAUCGUUAUUUUGUUACAAGAAAGAGAAGUUCUUCUUUAACAAGUGAUUUACAAAUACGCAGUCCUGUUAGAAAAAAAAGAAAUUUAAACACUGAUUCAUGUAGUGAUUCCAGUUAA